CGUUCGUUGGUGACAUGAUUUAAGUUUUCUCUUUGUUUAUGUGAGACUAUCAAACUAUCGGCGGCGAAGUACAAAAGAAAAGGCUUUGGUUUUCUUUAGUUUUGCAGGUGGCAGCUUAGUAGAUAUACCUAUCAUGUAUUGGAACAGGUGAGCACAAUAAGAAUGCCAUGAGCCCAUGACCUCCCAAUCAAUUGCACUAAGCCACACUAGCAUGAGCUAUCUUAACCGACCGAAACCUAGACCAAACAGGAUUAGGACUGAGAUUCCCUCUGCUCCAUGCAAUGUUCGCCACUCUCCUACUACCACUACACUGACUGGAGUUGCUCCACAAAGCUGCACCAAACCCUCCUCUGCCUCGCUUCAAAAACCCUCUACCCCUCUCACAUUGCCUAGCUCACCAGAUCGAUCUUACCAUGGCUUCCCUCGCCAUCGUCCUGCUCCUCGCGCGCAUCUCCAGCUCCAUUGCCAUCCCAUCCAACUACAUCUCAAGGAGCGCCGAGCAGCAGGUCAUCGCCACCGUCGCGCCGGCCAUAGUUCCUGACAUCGACGGCCAGAGCGCCCAGCCGUUCCUCACGUCACCCUCCGGAUCGUACGCCGCAUACCUCCGCCGCGCCGUGGAUGGCGCCGCCGUCGGCCACGGAGGGGACGCGUGCUAUGUCCAAAUCCAGCAAGCUGGCGCCAGCGGCAGCGUGUGGGAGUCGGACUGCACCCCGGUGGGCGGCGCUGACGCGUGCGACCUGGCAUUCUCGCCGGUGGGGCUCGAGCUCUUCGCCGGAGGGCACUCAUUGUGGGACACCGGAGUCGACGCCGAUCCGGGAACGCUGAGCCUCGACGACGGUGGAGACAUGAAGAUUGUUAGCAAGGAAGGUGUGACGGUGUGGACGGCGAGCGGCGAGCCAUGGACGGGGCAGCAGUGCGGGGCACCCUUGCCACCGGUGUCAACCGCGCCUUCGGUGGAGGCGCUCCCUCCGCCGUCGACUGCCAGUGCCAGCACAAAACUCGUGACGCCGCCAGCAGCGACUCUUGCUGGUGCGGGGAGCACGGACUUUCCUGUCGGAGACCAACCACCGCCGCCGCCACUCGACACGUUGCCGGACUUGCCGGUCCAGCCGCCAGUUGACACGGCACCCGAACAACCACUGCCACCGCCGCCCGCGUCUCCCGACUUGCCGGACCUGUCGAUGCCACCGCCGCCAGCUUACACGACUCCCGACUCGCCGGACCAGCCGCUGAUGGCGCCCCCGCCAGCUGACAUGUUGCCGGACCAGCCGCUGUACUCGUCGCCACCUCCAGCUCCAGCCACCUUUGGCCCUCAAACGCCAUUAUUGCCACCUUUCGGCGUGCCACUCGCCGCCCCGCCGACCGGCGACACAAUCCCAGGCACGACGACCACGCCAUCGGGCGAGCCAGGAUCACCAGGCAGCGUGCCCUUCUCGGGACCAUCUCCAGUCGGCGUGCCACACCCGCACGGGCAUCCACACCAGCUGCCCCUUGGAGCCUCGCCGCCGCUGCCGGACGCGCUGGCGCCGGGCGGCGUCCACGGCGCGGGAGCGGGAGCCGGGCAGCCCGGUGCCCCCUUUGGCCAUGGGCAGCAGCAGGCGGGGCAGGGCGUGUUCGGCCAGCAGCCACAGCUGCUCAACGGCGAGGGGCAGCCGUUGGAGGACAGCGCCGGUGGGUGGUCAAGAACAAGAAGUGAGAGCGGCAGAGUGGCGGCGUGCAUGGCCUUGUUCGCUCUGGUGACACUGGGCUUUGGCUUUUAGUUUCUUCCCCUUUUGUGUUUUGGUUUUAAUUUGGGAUUGGAUUGGUCUUUAUGUA